UAAAUUGUUAAAAAAUGAAGCAACUAUGACUGAAAGGAUUGAGGCAAAGAUAAGUGUGGAAGAUGAAAAAGCGAGCAUUGACAGUGAAAGUGAAAUUAUAGAGUCAAGUAAAAACGAUGAACUGAUGAAGGAAGGCACCCAAAGCAUACCACAGAUAGACUAUAGUGAUUUUCGAGAAGAAUCGCAGCUCCUUUCCGUCAAGGGCCUGAUAGACAGGGAGCUGUCCGAGCCGUACUCGAUUUAUACGUACCGCUACUUCAUUUACACUUGGCCGCAUCUUUGUUUUUUUGCCCGGCACGGGGAUAAGUAUGUGGGCGUAAUUGUCUGCAAGCUCGAGCCACAUGGUGGCUUGAAACGAGGCUAUAUAGCCAUGUUAGCGGUUGAUGGAGCUUACCGUAGGCUAAAGAUUGGCACCACACUCACUGAGAAGGCCAUCGACACCAUGGUUCUAGGAGAGGCUGACGAAAUUGUACUUGAGACGGAGCUGACGAAUCGGCCAGCAUUACGGCUAUACGAUAGCCUCGGAUUCAUACGGGAGAAGAGGCUGAAACGGUACUAUUUAAAUGGAGCGGAUGCACUGCGUCUCAAGCUAUUCUUAAAGGAGCCAAUCUAUGAGGAAGAAGAUGUCGAUUGAAUGUAUUUGUUGCUAGUCUAAAGAAAAAACUGUGUUAGAGUUUAUAAAAAGUA